AUGCGUCCCCCCCAGCUCCCGCCGGAGAAGGAGUUGCAUCUGGCAGCUGCUUUUGCUGCUGCAGUGGAAAAGGCACUUUCCGAAGAGGCAACUCUAGCCGCUACUUGGGGGGGGGUGCCCCUUGGACUCAAUGAUGAGAAGCGCAUGGGGAUGCUUCUCCUGCAGGACGGCAGACAGUUCUUGGGUAUUUCCUUCGGCUGCAGCUGUGCGGUGUCUGGAGAAGUUGUAUUUAAUACAGGGAUGGUGGCAUACCCGGAGUCUUUAACAGAUCCAUCUUACGCAGGUCAGAUCCUGACGUUGACGUAUCCCAUCAUCGGCAACUACGGCGUUCCUUCAGGCGCACGCGUUCACGUGACAGCUCUCUUGACAGCGGAUUACGUUCCUGCUCCUCUCGCUCACUGGCGAGCCAGAAGUCGACUUGGCGAUUGGCUGAAGGCACAGGGAGUUCCUGCUCUGUGCGGCAUCGACACAAGGGCUCUGACAAAGCAUCUUCGCAAGGUUGGAGCCAUGCUUGGCAAGGUAGUUGUUUUAUCUGAAGACGAAGAAGCGGCAGUUCUCAAGCAUCUGGCAUCCCCUGAGGCAGCGGCGGCAGCAGCAGAGCUGCUUUCUCGGGUGUCUGCACACCCGGAAGUGCAGUCUUUACUUUCGCACGUUUCUGCAACAGCCGCUCUGCAACAGCUGAUCGAGGAACGUGUGCAAAGGGCGGCGAGGCUGCAAGUUUUUGCCAGUGCUCUAAAGGCUGCGGGAGAACGACUGCCUCUUAACAACCCGAACUUGCGAAAUCUCGUGGCAGACGUCUCUCCAAAACAGCCGAAAGUCUACGUAUCUGCCAUCAAUGCAUCGAAGCCUCAAGUGAGGAUCCUUGCGGUUGACUGCGGCAUGAAAGCCAACAUUUACAGACAGUUUCUCUAUACAAACUUUGAGGGAUGCAACAUCGUCCUUAAGGCUGUGCCGUGGGAUUAUGACUUUACGUCUGAAGAAUACGAUGGUCUUUUCAUUAGCAAUGGUCCCGGAGAUCCUGAGAUGUGCAAAAUUACGAUUGCACAUCUUGCCAAAGCUCUCAAACAAACCAGGCCGAUAUUUGGCAUCUGUCUCGGUAAUCAGCUCCUUGCUCUUGCCGCAGGAGCUAAGACAUACAAAAUGAAAUUUGGAAACAGAGGGAUGAAUCAACCUGUCAUCGACUUGCGAACGACACGAUGCUACAUCACCGCACAAAAUCACGGCUUUGCCGUAGAUACAGAGAGUCUUCCUCCAGAUUAUGUGCCUUUGUUUGUGAACGCAAACGAUCGAAGCAAUGAAGGCAUUUCGCACAGAUCUCUGCCUUUUUUCUCUGCCCAGUUUCAUCCUGAGGCUGCAGGGGGUCCGACUGACACGUUUUUCCUCUUUUCGGAGUUUAUUGACUCCCUGAAAAGGCAGCAGUUCCGUCAGUUGGCUCGGUGUAUCUACACGAUCCCCUAUCAGUUUCCAAGUGGCUAUCGCAAAAUUCUCCUGCUAGGCAGUGGCGGGCUCAGCAUAGGGCAAGCCGGAGAAUUCGAUUACUCAGGAUCGCAGGCUAUCAAAGCUCUCCGCGAGCACAACAUUACAGUCGUGCUAGUCAACCCCAACAUUGCAACAGUGCAAACUUCGAAGCACAUGGCUCACAGGGUGUACUUUGUUCCCGUCACUCCGCAAUUCGUCUCGGAGAUUCUCGAAAAAGAGAGACCUCAAGGCGUUCUUUGCUCUUUUGGCGGACAGACGGCGCUGAAUUGUGUUGUCGAGCUCCACCGCACGGGAAUUCUGAAAAAGUACGACUGCCAGGUUCUUGGCACCCCGAUUGAGGCUAUUAUUUCAACAGAGGACAGAGAGAUCUUCGCGCAAAAGCUCAUGGAGAUAGGAGAGCAGGUAGCACCCUCGGCAGCAGCGACGAACGUCGAAGAGGCUGUUGCAGUUGCUGCUCGCAUCGGAUAUCCCGUCCUCAUUCGCGCAGCCUUCGCUCUGGGCGGACUUGGCUCAGGCUUUGCCGAAGAUGAAGCAUCAUUGCGUCGUGUCUGUGCUGAUGCCUUCGCGCAUUCUUCCCAAGUCUUCGUGGAUCGAAGUCUGAAGGGAUGGAAGGAAGUUGAGUAUGAAAUCGUUCGAGACGCGAAGGAUAACUGCGUGGCUGUCUGCAAUAUGGAGAACCUCGACCCCCUUGGUAUACACACGGGAGACUCCAUCGUAGUUGCACCAUCUCAGACUCUCAGCAAUGAGGAGUACUACCGCCUGAGGGAGUGUGCCUUGAAGAUCAUCCGGCAUUUAGGCAUAGUCGGGGAGUGCAACAUUCAGUAUGCACUUGAUCCUCACUCAGAUCUCUAUUACAUCGUGGAGGUGAAUGCUCGCCUCUCGAGGAGCAGCGCUCUGGCAUCGAAGGCUUCCGGCUAUCCUCUCGCAUACAUUGCCGCGAAGCUGGCAUUGGGUCAUGACUUGUUGCAGCUCUGCAACGAAGUCACCAAGGAAACUACUGCCUGCUUCGAGCCAGCCUUUGAUUAUGUCGUCACUAAGGUUCCAAGAUGGGAUAUGAAGAAAUUCGACGAGGCAGAUCCUUUCAUGGGGUCGGCUAUGAAGAGCGUUGGAGAAGUCAUGGCAGCAGGGAGAACUUUCGAGGAGUCGCUGCAAAAAGCCUUGCGAAUGGUAACGGGAGACGCGAACGGCUUUGACGAAACGAUGUGCCCCCAACUAACUCCAAAGACUGGAGAAGAUUUCGCUGCCGCGAGAGAACGCUUGGAGCGAGAGUUGUCACAGCCUUCCGCUGCACGCAUAUGGGCUUUGGCAGAGGCUUUGCGUCAGGGGUACGAUGUCGAGAAGCUCCACGCUUUGACACGGAUCGAUCCUUGGUUCCUCUCGAAGCUGAAGCACAUCCAGGAUAUCAAAGAAGGGCUUGCCACCAAGUCGCUUGCGCAGCUAACCAAGCGCGAUCUCAUCUUUGUCAAGAAAUACGGAUUCAGCGAUCGGCAGAUUGCAGCGUAUACCUCUCAAGGCUCGCUGCAGACACUGCAAGUCACGGAGGAGGAUGUGUGGAGCUAUAGAAGGGCCUUAGGCGUUCUGCCUUUCGUGAAGCAAAUCGACACUCUUGCAGCAGAAUUUCCAGCGCAGACGAACUACCUCUACUUGACGUAUCUUGGCACUGAGAGCGACGUGCAUCCGCUAUGCAGCACGGAUCUCCCUGCAUGUCAGUCAGUCCUCCCUCUGAGAAUUUUCAAGGCGAAGCUUUUUCCGGCGAGAAGGGGUUUGUUUGUGUGUGCUGCUGCUGCCUGGCGUGCAGCAAGUCCAAUGUAUAGGCAGAAGCAGGGAAGUUCAAAAGGCGUGUUAUCUCCGACUGCGGGGGGAGUAGCUCCCUCACCGCUCAUGGAGCCUGAGCCUGGCUCCAUCCUCAGCCGUCUGUACAGCUCUCGGAGUCAUCAGACAUCGUGUGCAGAAGACACCCCUGCGUCUGGCUGCUAUGUAGUGCUCGGUUGCGGCUGUUACUGCAUUGGUAGCAGCGUUGAGUUCGACUGGUCAGCUGUCUCCUGCAUCUCUACUCUCCGCACACUUGGCCAUAGAGCCAUCGUGGUAAAUUGUAAUCCCGAGACGGUUUCUACCGACUACGAUGUUAGCGACAGACUAUACUUCGAGGACCUUACGUUAGAGACAGUGUCGAACAUCUGGCAGAUCGAGCAGCCUGAGGGUGUGAUUAUUUCCGUCGGAGGACAGACUCCUAACAAUCUGUGCAAUGCGCUGGAGAAUCGUGGUGUUGGGAUCAUGGGCACAAGCGUCAGCUCCAUUGACUGUUGCGAAGACAGGCACAAGUUCAGCAAGCUCUGUGACGAGCUGCGCCUUGACCAGCCAGCCUGGAGUGAGUUUACGAGUUUCGAUGCUGCCCAGGAAUUCAGCAACAAGGUCGGAUUUCCAGUGUUGGUGCGGCCUUCUUACGUCCUGAGUGGCGCUGCUAUGCGCGUUGUUACGAAUGAUGAGCAGCUGCGGGAGUUUUUGCAGGUGGCUGCAGUGGUUUCGGGAGACAGCCCUGUUGUGAUCUCAAAGUUCGUCAGUAAUGCUAAGGAGGUGGAGUUUGACAGCGUCGCUAGUCGCGGAGAAAUCCUCAACUACGCCAUUAGCGAGCAUGUUGAAAAUGCGGGAACGCACUCAGGGGACGCCACUCUGAUUCUUCCUGCUCAAAAGCUCUACGUGGAAACAAUCAGACGGGUGAAGAAGAUCGCACAGAAGCUCGCACGGGCGCUUAACGUGUCUGGGCCCUUCAACAUUCAAUUUAUCUGCAAGAAUAACGAAGUAAAAAUCAUUGAAUGCAACCUUCGCGCGUCUCGCACCUUCCCGUUCAUCAGCAAGUGCUUCGGAGUAGACUUCAUUGAGCAGGCAACCAAAGUCAUGGUGGGUGCUCCCGUAUCAGCCGAGUCGAUUCAUCUCAUGGAUUUGGAAUUCGUCUGUGUAAAGGCCCCUGUCUUCUCCUUCAACAGACUCCGAGGCUGCGAUCCUCUGCUCGGAGUAGAAAUGCGCAGCACUGGAGAGGUUGCAUGCUUCGGAACGGACAAACACGAAGCAUUCCUUAAGGCGUUGGUGUCGACUGGCUUGCGAUUGCCUCUGAAAAAACGUUCAAUCCUACUUGUUACAGGGCCUUUGUGGUCAAAAGUCGAGUUUUUCCCAUUCGCCAUCAAGCUGAUGAAACUGGGCUUCACCAUAUACGCCACGGAAGGCACAUACGAGUUCCUCCACAAGGGAGCUCAGGAUGCAGACAGCGGCCCAGCCUGUGUCGUUGGGGAAGACUUCGAGGCUGACGAACCUUGGGGGUAUUUACCCUCGAGAGUUGAGGACGGGAAAGGCGGUGCUGCAGCCUGUGCGACUGGACUGGCGCCUUCCUUUGAUCUGGAUAAGCAGCUUAUCCCCGUCAGCAAGGAGGAAACACCGAGCGGCUCGGAUCGUCAGAGUGCAAAAUCCAUCAUUGCGGGAGGCAUGGUCGAACUGGUGAUAAAUACCCCAGGCAGGACAAGUACCGAAGCCAUUACUACAGGAUACCUAAUCCGGAGGGCUGCAAUCGAUGCAGGAGUUCCCCUCAUGACGGAUCUCAAAGUGGCGGCUUUCUUUGUGGAAAGCAUCUCCAGGAAAAUCGCGAGGGAGCGCGAGGGCAAGCGCUUCUGGGAAGUCCGAGCAUGGGACGAAUACCAACCGUAA